GGCAUAAAUGGAACAGUUAACUGGAAGACCAGACAGGCCAACAAUUUUAUUAUCAGCAGAAAAAUGGCUGCUGGGAUGAAAGAUGAAGAAGAUUCAAGUAAUAGAUUCCUCUCCUACUUCAUGUAAAGAAAAGUGGCCAUAUCUCUUAGAGAAAUGAAGUUUACAAAGACACUGUAAUGCCUUCCCAGUGAUGGAUUCCACAGCCAAGGCAUGGACUAUCUGUGACUGAAAAAAAACAAUAACUGGCCAAUGCCAGAUGAAUGGCCUGCAGUACUUUGAUGUUGAGUGAAUUCAAAGGUGAAGGGCAGACUGCUGAGAAAAGCUUUUGAUUCAAAGCCAACAUUCAUAAAGUUGUAUUGAUAAAACACAAGUGUACACUAUUUUCUCCAAGGUACACUCCGAUCGGAAUGUAUACCCAUCAGCAGGUGUCCUCUUUGUUCAUGUUUUGGAAAGAGAAUAUUUUAAGGGGGAAUUUCCACCUUACCCAAAACCUGGUGAGAUUAGUAAUGAUCCCAUAACAUUUAAUACAAAUUUAAUGGGUUACCCAGACCGACCUGGAUGGCUUCGAUAUAUCCAAAGGACACCAUAUAGUGAUGGAGUCCUAUAUGGGUCCCCAACAGCUGAAAAUGUGGGGAAGCCAACAAUCAUUGAGAUAACUGCCUACAAUAGGCGCACCUUUGAGACUGCAAGGCAUAAUUUGAUAAUUAAUAUAAUGUCUGCAGAAGACUUCCCGUUGCCAUAUCAAGCAGAAUUCUUCAUUAAGAAUAUGAAUGUAGAAGAAAUGUUGGCCAGUGAGGUUCUUGGAGACUUUCUUGGGGCAGUGAAAAAUGUGUGGCAGCCAGAGCGCCUGAAUGCCAUAAACAUCACAUCAGCCCUAGACAGGGGUGGCAGGGUGCCACUUCCCAUUAAUGACCUGAAGGAGGGCGUUUAUGUCAUGGUUGGUGCAGAUGUCCCGUUUUCUUCUUGUUUACGAGAAGUUGAAAAUCCACAGAAUCAAUUGCGAUGUAGUCAAGAAAUGGAGCCUGUAAUAACAUGUGAUAAAAAAUUUCGUACUCAAUUUUACAUUGACUGGUGCAAAAUUUCAUUGGUUGAUAAAACAAAGCAAGUGUCCACCUAUCAGGAAGUGAUUCGUGGAGAGGGGAUUUUACCUGAUGGUGGGGAAUACAAACCCCCUUCUGAUUCUUUGAAAAGCAGAGACUAUUACACGGAUUUCCUAAUUACACUGGCUGUGCCCUCGGCAGUAGCACUGGUCCUUUUUCUAAUACUUGCUUAUAUCAUGUGCUGCCGACGGGAAGGCGUGGAAAAGAGAAACAUGCAAACACCAGACAUCCAACUGGUUCAUCACAGUGCUAUUCAGAAAUCUACCAAGGAGCUUCGAGACAUGUCCAAGAAUAGAGAGAUAGCAUGGCCCCUGUCAACGCUUCCUGUGUUCCACCCUGUGACUGGGGAAAUCAUACCUCCUUUACACACAGACAACUAUGAUAGCACAAACAUGCCAUUGAUGCAAACGCAGCAAUUUCUUAGAAUUGCUGCAGGGGCCAGCAUGAGGGACAAAGAAAACAAAGCGGACAGGAUUCCUAACUCCCUUGUUUCAACCCAGGCAACCUCACAUUUAUCUCUUUUGUACAUCACAGUUCUGCUUAGGGUUUCAAUUAAGAGAAAUCCCAGUGCUAAAGAGAAAACAAAAAACUUUGAAAAUCCCCAGCAUGGAUCAAACUUUAUUACAAAGGACUGACUCUUAGAGUUUCUUCCAUACAGAACCUAAAUUGUACAUUUUCAUAAACUAAUUUUAAUAUCAAAAUGUGAAACUAAAUCUGUAAGUUAAUAAAUGUGUAUACUUUAUAAUGCUUACUGCUGAGGAUACUAAACAAAAUAUGAUAGUUCUUACUGUUAAUAUACUUUGGGACAAUUAAAUAUUAUGUACAGAGAAUACAAUGACAAUCAGCAUGUGAAUGAAAGCAUGCUAAAUGGUAACCUAAUUGUGGGUUGCUUAGAGAGUAAGGAUGCAUAGGGAGGUGGUUCUUGAGAUUUUUUAAAUUAAAAAUAAUACAUUAAAAAUUUUAAUAACAUUUCUUAUGGGAAUUUUUAAAUUAUAAGAGUAAUGCCUGUAUGCUGUAACAAGUUCUGAGUUGAGUUUGCAAGGACAAAUGGGAGCUGAUUGGGUACAGGACAUGGUAGUAGCCAUGGUGGUUGGUUGUCGGCUUCAAGCAGACAUGGGGCACUCCAUGUAGGAGCGAGAUCUAUUGUGGCUUUCCAGGCCACAUUAAGAAAUCUGAAAUUUAAUCUGCAGAUAGAUACAAGGAAAUACUUAAAUGUGUGUUAUUUAAAUGACAUAAUAGAUCUGUGUCUUAGAACACUGGUCCCCAACUUUUGGCACCAGGAACUGGUUUCAUAUCAGACCAGGUGUGGGGGAUGGUUUGGGGUGAUCCAAGGGCAUUGCAUUUAUUAUGCACUUUAUUUCUAUUAUUAUUACAUUGUAAUAUAUAAUGAAAUAUUAUAUAACUCACCAUAAUGUAGAAUCAGUGGGAGUCCUGAGCUUGUUUUCCUGCAACUAGACAGUACCAUCAGGGGGUAAUGGGGAACAGUGACAGAUCAUCAGGCAUUAGAUUCUCAUAAGGAGUGCACAACCUAGAUCCCUUGCAUACACAGUUCACAAUAGGGUUCACGCUCCUAUGACAGUCUACUACUGACACUGAUCUGACAGGAGGCGGAGCCCAGGUGGUAAUGCGAGUGAUGAGGAGCAGCUGUAAAUACAGAUGAGACUUCGCUGGCUCACUUGCCACUCACCUCCUGCUGUGGAGCCCAGUUCCAUGGCCCAGGGGUUGGGGACCCCUGUCUUAGAAGAGCAUUCUGACAGCAAUGUGCAGAGUGGAUUAUAAGGGGACAAGAAUGUAAAUGAGGAAACAAGUCAACCCCCUUACAAGGAUCCAAGUGAGAAAUGAUGAUGGCUUCAACCAAGUUAGCAAUGGAGAUGGGGAAGAAUGGGGCAGAUCCAAAUAAGACGAAAAGAAAUGUCAGAAGUCCCUAAGUGGUUGGAUGUGGAGACUGAAGGAGAGGGAAG